AUGGCCAUCACCAGAACCAUUCUCCUCGCCGUGGCCGCGAUGGCCAUCAUGAGCACCGCCUCGGCUGCAAUCUACAAUAUCGUCUUCAAGUACUCCCCUCAGGCGCACGAUGUCCUCGAGGUCAGCAAGGCCGACUACGACUCAUGCAGCACUGCGACCCCCAUUGCCACCCUCAACUCCGGGAAUGAUGUCAUCGCCCUUACCGUCACCGGCACCCGCUACUUCAUCUGUGGCUUCCCUGGUCAUUGCGCGGGCGGCAUGAAGGUCAAAAUCAAUGUCAUGCCAGGCUCCUCCUCUUCGUCACCCGCCCCAGCCUGCAGCCCAAGUGCAAGCAACGCUCCCCCGCCAACACAUGUCUCCGCUGCAACCAAUGUGGAGGCCAUGGAGUUUGGCCUUGCUGUUUUGCUUGUCGUUGCCUACCUCAUGGCUUGA